UUUUAUCAAGGAAUAGAAAAACUGCUUUUGAACGAAUUUUCGCCUUAGGUUAAGGAAUUUCUUACCUAAGGAAUUCACUUAAGGGUUUUUUUACUUCAAAGUUCAGGGGAAAUUUUACCUUAGGGAGUUUUCUUCAAGAUAAGGAAAUUUUUCCCUUUUAAACUAAGGAGAUUUAUGAAUACGGCCCAGGAAGUUAAUAAAAACCUGUUACACCAAAUACACGCAAAAUGUAGUGAUUCAUUUAUAAAAUACCAACAUCAGUCCGCCAUUUUUAAUUUGGAUAUAUCGUUAUGUGGUCAGUUGCGAUCAUUCUUCUGAAUAGGACAGUAAGUGGCAGCUAAUAUCUCGGACACAGACGAAUGGCGGCUCCCAAUUUGGUCUGGAAUAGUCUGGGAUUAACGGAAUUGCAUGCCGAUCGUAAUGUUUUUGAAAAUUUGGAAAUAGACGAACUUAUAAAAAGGGGUCUUUCAAAGCAUAAAGACGGCGAAUACAGAGAAGCAAUUUCUAUAUUUAGCAAGGCGCUUGCUCUUUGUCAGUCACAAUUUAAUUUCAGGAAACAUGUUUGUGCAACAAUUCACCAAUACAGAGCCGACAGCCAUCUGCAGCAGAAUGAGUAUAGGAAAGCUUUAAAUGACGUCAGUGAAAGCUUCAGAUUCUCUAACAAUAGUCUGGAAAUUAAUGUCAUUGCUGGGAAAGCGUUGACAGCUUAUGGUAAUUACGAUGGGGCGUACAGAGAAUAUAUACGUGCUUACAGUCGUGCUGUGUUAUUCGAAAGAUGGAGAAUUGUUGAAGUGUUUCAUGAAUUCACAACAUUUUUUGGUCACCUUCCUGAAAACCUUCGUAAACCGUUUAUGACUAGAACAAGACUCUAUAUGGGCGAACAUGCGAAUAAUUGGUUAAGUGUUUGUUAUCAUAAUGUUACGAGGAAAGACUGGAAGAAGGCCAAAAUGGCAUAUUUACAAUUUAAAGAGUAUCAACUAAGACUGUUAGAGUCCAUGAAGUUUGAUUUGAAACCAUUCUGUAAUAUUAGGGAGAUCAAGGGAAAUUGUUGGAUCGCUGACAUAAUUUUUCAUUUGAUAAAAUGCGGAUCUGACAAAACAGAACUGUCUUUAGAAGAUGGUGAUACAUACCUUCAUGCAGCUGUUCGAAUAUCCGUUGUUUCUGGUCACCCUCAAUUAAUAAAAUACCUUGUUGAAAAUGAGAGUGAGGCGGAAGUCGCUAGUAAACCAAUGGUAGAUAGUCAUGGAAACACAUUGCUACAUGUAGCAACAAAAGAACGGAAUGUUAACAAGAAGGACAGGUACGAGGUGAUGACUAUACUUUUGGAAUAUGGCGUUGAUCCAGAUAUCCGAAAUGCUAAUGGCAGGCUUGCCGCUUCGUACCUGUCAGAUGAUAAAAGUAAAAAUCUCAUAAGGACAUUUCGUAAAGCAAAGGAAACAAAUGAAAAGUCAAAUACUCAAGAUGUCCAAGUAAUGUCAGGGAAUAAAACAUCCACUGGCAAGACAAGGCAAAAGAAGAAGAAAGUAAAGAAAAGAAAGAUACACAGCACAUGUGAAGAAUGUCAACAAAUUUAUAAUGAAGCUGUCAGUUUACUACAGAAAAAUAAACUUGAUGGAUUACAAUUAUAUAUAAAGUUGUUUAAUAUAGACCAUAGCAAUGAGCAGCACUCACGAUUAGUUCAGGGCGCAUUGAAGGAUUUUGUUGAAUGCAUUGAUGAGCUCAAUGAAACUGAAAUUCACGCUUGUAUGGAAGGUUUAUAUGAAGGAAAAGUUUUCCUGGUCAUAGAAACUAUUGCAACAUUUCAAAAAUGGACACUUUUGGAUGUGAUUCACAGACAUUUGAAACACAGCCUAGAUGAUAAGGCACUUAAAGAAUUAUGUUCAAAAUUUUCAUUGGAUUCAUACUCGAAAAAUAUCCCGCAAACCGAAGAAGAAGUCAAUAUACGCAUUGUCAACAACUUGCUAGACUGUGGAUGGUGCCUAGGAAAAGACAAUGCCCGGAUAUUCAUGCAGACCGCCAUUGACUUUAAACAGUUAAAAUUUGCUGUUGAGCUUUUCAAUCAUGGGAUGGAUCUUUCAUUCUUGACUAUUUACAAAGGCGAUACACCGAUUCAUGCAGCUAUUGAAAUUGCCAUGCAAGAGAAACAGCCGUCAUUUUUAAAAGGACUGCUGGGAAAAUUUAAAUCAGACGAAAAAUCGUAUCCGUACCUUAACCCAGAACAGUUAGAUAUGGACGGUAACAGUGUUUUACAUCUCGUUACAAAGUCAAACGACAGUGAUUUGGUCUUGCAACUUACACAGAUACUCAACGAAAUGGGUAUUCCUGCAAAUAAUCACAAUGUCGAUAUUAUCGCGUCAAAAAUAGAGAAUUUAAACGACCAAAGUAAAUCCACGGAGUCAAAAAGUCGUAGUGAAAUUGCUCAAUCAAGUCCAACUGUAGAUUGUCGGAAUAAAUCUUCAUCAUUUCUGAGUGAAAACCCAGAACAAACAAAGAGACGAAUAAAUGAUUUGAUUUCAUCAUUGCCAUGCAAUAUACAAGACACACCUAUUCAAAAGCAAGCAAAUGACAAAAACAUCGAAGUAAAGAUGAUUGACAAACAGGAACAUAACGUUAAUACAUUCAAACAUGAAAUACCUUUAAAAACAGUCUCUAAAUGUGUUUGUACUGAAGUUGAUGAUCCUCCAAAUAAACACAAUAAAGCACGAAAUAAAACGUUAGAGGAUAUUGCAACAUCUGUAUGUUUUGCUUCAAAGAAAGAUGAUUCAACUGACAACAAUAAGAAAUUAGAAGCAAUGGAUAAAAAAGAUGUAGAUUUUUCCGAUCUUCCACCCCUGGAGUCAAAUGAAGAUAUUAUAGAAAAGACAGAACAUAAUACUGACGUCGAUGUAGAUAUGACGACAUGCAAAGAAGAUGAAAAUAUUUCGGACAAAGCAGAUGAUGAAUAUGAUAGUCUCGAUCAAGAAAGUUCCUUUGAAGACCUCACAUGGGAAGUUGAAUAUACUGAUAAAGUUAGAAAAAGCAUGGAAAAUAAACAUAUUGAACCACAGUUAAAACUUAAAAUGUUACGAAUAAUUCGAAGAUUGGCAGAUGGUGACUGGCAGAACAAUUUUUGCAAAAAACUUAAAAUAGGACCUCAUGAUUUCGAUUUAUUCGAAGCAAAGUUAAGCAAAGGUAGUCGUAUAAUAUGGGAGAGAGCUAUUAACUUUUCACCAAGAUAUAAUGAUAAUGCUGCUUGUAGCUUGAAUGAUACCAAUGACAAUGCCACAGAAGUUCAGGAAGAUAGAAUUUACACAGAAGUCAUAAGGGUCUGGGAUAUUGUUAUAGAUCACGACAAGAUAAAAAGAUCCGUGGAACAUAUUAUAAAUGCACACCUGCGCGGCGAAAAAAGUCUGAUUCAAAGAAAAUUGAAGGGUUUGAAGACCAACGAUGAAUGCCGAAAAAGAAAUUACCCUUUACUCUUCACUUCAAAUUGUAAACCAGACUUUAUAUCUGGUACUGAUGAGGUCCAAGAACGACAUCACUUUCCCCCAGCCAGUUCAAACAAGACCGAUUAUAAUAUCCUGAAAUUCUACACAUGGGAUGGAGCACUUGAAAGAUAUUUUCUUCAUGGUGGCAAGAAUAAUAUUGAAUUUCCAUUUAAAGUCACAGAAAAAGAAGAUGCAAUAAUUCGUUUGAAUGACAAAGGGCCAAUUCUACUAUUGGGCAGAAGUGGAACUGGAAAAACAACAUGUUGUUUAUUUAGACUUUGGAAUGAAUACAAAAAUCAUUUGCCUCAAGGUGAAAAAAAUAUCGACGAACGUGAGGAAGGGCAAUCUGAAGGAAACCGCGAAAGCUUUGAAAAUGACGAGAAAAAGGGUGCUGCAUAUGAACAAUUUCAUCAAUUGUUCCUGACAAAGAAUUACGUCCUGGCAGCUGAGGUGAAAAAGACAUUUGGUGGUUUUUUGGACACUUACGAUACUAAACAGUAUAGUAUAUCGCAGGACCAUGAGAAACCAGUUCCUUGUCGUUUCGAAGAUUUGACAAACUCAUCUUUCCCCCUGUUUCUUACUUCAAGACAAUUCCUCUGUACACUUGACGCGUCUAUUGGAAAUCCUUUCUUUAGUAGAAACGAAGAUGGUUCUUUAAAGUAUCCUGUGGAAGGUUGGGCCGAUGAGGAAGAAUUUACCGCUCUGGAUAUAUUAGAUUUUGAUUCUUCCGAUGAAGACACCGCUGAUGGAGACGAUUUCUACCCUGAUGUAUCUAGAGAAAGACAACAAAAAAGUUAUGUUGAAAUCAAGAAGGAGGUCACUUUCGAAACCUUUGAAAAUUUGAUAUGGCCGAAACUAGAACGCAAAUCAGGUGGACACAGAUAUAAUCCUUCGUUAAUCUGGACAGAGAUAAUGUCUUUUAUCAAGGGUUCUUACGAAUCGCUCUACACAAAUCGUGGAUACAUAUCCAAAGAGGAAUAUUUAAAGAUAGGCGCGAAAAGAGCUCCAAAUUUUGCAGGAGAGAGGGAAGAGGUCUAUGAGAUAUUUGAACUGUAUGAAUGUAAGAAGAGACAGCUCCAUAUGUUCGAUGAAACCGACGUUGUUUUUGACAUAUUCAGAAGGCUUGACGGCUUAGAUUCAUGUCCGAUAACGCUUCAUCAGGUAUAUGUAGAUGAGGCACAGGACUUCACACAAGCGGAACUAUUUCUUCUGAUUACACUUUGUAGAGAUCCAAAUAACAUGUUCUUGACAGGUGACACUGCCCAAAGUAUCAUGCGAGGAAUUUCCUUCCGAUUUGAGGAUCUUAAAGGUCUCUUCCAUCACGUAAAACAAGUAGUUGAAGGAAAAAAGAAGCAAAGCCAAUCGUCAAAAACCCAAUGCCUAACAAUAAAUGUUCCAAAAAGGGUACAUAAACUAAUUUACAACUAUAGAUCACACUCCGGCAUUGUUUCAAUGGCUGCAAGCGUCUUGGAUAUCAUGAGCUACUUUUUCAGGGAGUCAUUUGACCUGUUGGACCCUGACCAAGGGCUUUUGCCGGGUCCAGAGCCAAUUCUGCUGGAAUCUUGCACUUUUAGUGAUUUGGCUGUAAUGUUAAGGGGACACAAAAGAGAAACACCAACUAUUGAGUUUGGUGCUCAUCAAGUUAUCCUUGUAUAUGAUGAAGAGGCUAGGAAAAAUCUGCCAGAAGAGUUAAGUUGUGGAUUAGUUCUCACUAUCUAUGAAUCAAAAGGUCUGGAAUUCGACGACGUUUUGCUCUACAAUUUCUUUAAAGACUCCAAGGCUUCAAAGGAAUGGCGUGUAGUCACACAAUACUUGGACGAAUUGGCAUCUGGCGAUAUCAAUAUAGCAUCGCAGCAAAGUGGAGUGUGCGUCUCAAUUGAUACAGAUGUUCUUUCAUCACAAAAUCGACCAAGACCUUUAAAUUUUGAUCCCUGUCAGCACAAAAUACUCAAUUUUGAGCUGAAACUACUGUAUACGGCGUUGACGAGAGCAAGGGUAAAUGUAUGGAUAUUUGAUGAAAAUGAGGACUUUGAAGGAACAAGGCCCAUGUAUGAAUAUUUUAAAGCAAGGAGAGUCGUUAAACCUAUUGCGAUCACCGAUGAGUUGGCCGAUCUUUCAGGAGUGAUGUUUGUUGACAACUCUGAUAGCAAGGAAUGGUUACAGCAAGGUGAUUAUUUUCUGAAAAACCGUCUGUAUGGUAUUGCAGCAAAAUGUUAUCGAAAGGGUGGUGAUGAAUAUAAACAGGCUCUAGCCAAAGGACAUGAACUAGCCCACAUGGCUUCGAGGAAAAGAAACAUGGCAUGCGAUUUAAAACAAAUGAAAACAGAAUUUCUGCUUGCUGCAGAAAAGUUUCUGCAAUGUGAACAUUAUCUGAAUGCAGCAACCUGCCUUAGAAAUGUAAAAGAAGUAGAUUUAGCUACACAGCUAUAUGAGAAGCUUGGUUUGUAUGAAAAAGCUGCUGAGCUGUUUAAAAGGCACAAACAGUAUGAGAGAUGCGGCAAAUUGUAUGAACGCUUUGGACGCUACAAUAAAGCAGUGAAUGUUCUGUUUGAAAACGAGCUCUACGGCCUGGCAUUUGAUAUUUUUGAAAGACACGCUGACGAGAAAAUAACACAAACAGAGGAAACGUUGCGUGAACUAACGAGAGUCAGCAGUUCUAAUGUUUCCUUCACAGAGGAUAAAAUCUAUAAACGCGCUGCUGAACAGUUUCAUAAAUGUGGAAACGUUGAGAGUAUGAACAAAGCUGUCAGUAGAUUUAAACUAAGACGUGAUAUGAUUGAAUUUUACAAAAAGAAUGGAUACAUAUCAGAUGCUGCUAGAGAGCUAUUAAGUAUAGGAGAGAUAUCAGAAGCUGUACACAUAUAUCUUAUCCAUGGCAAAUUCUCAGACGCCUUAGAAGUUGCUGAAAAGUCUAAAGAUGAUAAAGAAAUUGCAAAGUGUUUGCUCGUUCGUAGUAGAGAUACCAUUUCAUGUGAAACACAAACCAAUGAUUCAUUAGAAAACGAUUUGAAAAGGGCAUUAUUACUUUUCCGUAAGCUAAAGGACAAGGACUCGACUGGAAAAGUGAUGCUAUUGCAAGCUAAAGUAUAUGAUGAUGUACAAUAUGUUCGUUCUGCUGAGAAAGAAUUCACCAAGUUACCUCCAAACAAAGAAGGUUAUAUUGAGUGCUGCAAUGCAUUGGUACCAUUUUUAGACAAGAGAAACAUCUAUGAUUGGCUUCCGCAAUUUCUACUUAAAGGUGUUGAUAAUUUGUUUGAUGUUUUCAGGAAUCUUUUAUUUAAAGCAACUAUUCAGUCUAAAUUGCAUGAUAAAGCAUUCCGGUUUUAUGAAAUGCAUUUGAUUACUAGAGAAGGAAAACCGGACCUUGUAGCGUACCCGAAAACAAACCCGAUCUGUACCAAAAUGCUUCCAGAACAGAAAAUGCGCGACAUUGAAGCUCAAGGUUUAAAUGACAUGAAAUGUAUUCAUAAGAUUGUAAUGCGUUUACUUAAAGACAGUACGCACUGGACAAAGUUCUUAAAGGACACACUAUUACAUCAAAGAUCUUCAGCUCUAGACAGGUUUUCCGAAGAUUCUGAAGGCACAAAGUCGUGUAACAUGGUUCAAGAAUGUAGAGACAAACUCCUACAGCUUGUUGAAACGGAUAUGCUGCUAGCUAAAUAUAACUUUUUCACAAAUAAGGUUGACACAAUCUUAUUUGAAUAUGAAAAUAAAGGUGGAAAUGAUGCCCCGGCUAUUAGGAAACAAAUAAAGGCCUUAAAUUUUCCCAUCGAAGCAAAUGAAAAUUACAUGGCGUGCAAAUUUAUCUUGAAAAAUCUUAUACAACCGCGUCAUCCUCUGUUCGUUGCCGAUGAUACUGACACAUACAUGUUCGAAAACCAGUUUUUCCGUGUAGUUAUGGAGAGGUUCUUAUCGCAGAAAUUUCAAGACUCCUAUCGAAGUUUGAAAAAUGGUGAGCCAGUUGAAGCCGUUCAGAAAUUUCGACAUAAGCUGGCCAAAUUGAAACUACAGGACAGACGCACUGAUCUUGAUCAUCAACUAUUAUGUCUUGAGAUUUUUUUCACCAUUGCAUUAUUUUAUGUUGCAAAGGAUAAAUCAGUACAAGACAAGGAAUUCACGUUUUAUAUUCCAAACACUUAUAUGACUUUGUUGAAUUUUGUUGAAUCAACAUUGAAUACAAAAUUUUCUAUUCUUGAAAUCAUUCCAAAACUGACUCCAGGAGAAGGAAAUAAGUUAUUGAAUUGUGUUACAGGGAUUGCUGAUGUCAUAUCUAAUCAAAUGGAAAAACAAGUCCUGAAGUACAAAGACAAAGAAAACAAAAUAAUGCUUUUGUCGAGACUUAUUAUUCUAAAUAAUACAAUGUUAUGCAAUGGACAACUCGUUUCCUCAGAAUGCUACAAAAUUCUUGCAAUAUCAGCUUGUAAAAUUAUGACAGAAUAUAGUACUUUAAAGGAUGCUUCAAAGAAAACUGUCCACAAAAUAGAACAGUUAACAAGAAUAAAAGAUGUUGCAAAAGGUUUAGAGGAUUUUUUUACCACUCGUGAUAUGGGCGAAAGUUUACAAUCUAUCAGAUGGAUUCCACAAGAAUGCGAUCUUGUUUUCUCUGCAUCUCCAAUAGACACCGAGGUCAUGCCAACAGCAGCAAUGUUAGGUAUCAAAUGCAAAACUGAAAAUAGUAGUGAUCGAAUGACGACGGACAGUGAAGCAGCUUCAUCAGCAGAAGGCGAUGAUCGUAGAUCAGAAAGCACAUCUGAAAAGCUUAAUUUAGUUACAGGGAAAACACAUGAACCUAAAGACUACUCUGAAAAAAGUGACAAUAGCAAAAAAGACGACGAAAUAUGUUUUAAUGAAGCCGAUUUUCCUGCAUUAGAAACAAAUGUAUCUAAAAAUGAAGAGCAUGUUAAACAAGAAAAAAAGAAAAGAAAACAAUUGACCAAUGAUCCAGUGAGCGAAGAAGAAAAUAAGCCCAAAUCAUCAGAUGGAAGUUUAACGGAUUUCUCGGUUAAUCAUAAUCAAGAAAAAAAUAUAAAAAGUCACUCCAUGGAACUAAAUCAUACUAAUUUAGAAUCUACUGAAAUACAACCUAAAGAUGAUAACAUAAAAACGCUUCCUUUUCUACAUGUUGAUGAGGUUUUCCGGGAAAUGUUAGAAAAUAAUUACGAAUGCGUUAUCUGUGGAAUCCUUUACGAAAACAGAGGCGAUGACAUUAGUGACAAUAAUGACGAGAGAGUUAAACUAUUAGAGGAAUCCGAUGUCGAACGAAACCAAAUUCCCUAUGAUAGUAGAAUAAGCAGCGAUGUUUCAGUGGCUAAAGAAAAUCAUGAAAUGGAACAAACGCACUUGGAGAAUUUCAAGGUUUUCGAAAAGUUUGAAAGAACUUACAAUGAGGAUAUCAAACCAAUGAUUUGUAGAGUGAAUGAAGUUCUUAAAAAUUCUAGAUUUCAUUCGCUUGAUGAUAAUUGUGUUGUUGCCAAACAUCGCGAAAACUUUAAAGAAGAGAUACAGAGUCUGACAGAUUACAAUGACAGACUUCAAACACAUAUUAUUGAUGUACUGCGUAACAGGACAUGGGCCAAUGGGAUAGAAAGCAUGCAAUCUAUUGCAGAUGUUCUUCAGUCGUACGUGACAAAUUCUGCUAAUGAAAUAUUGGAAAAACCCAUGUCUCUUGCAACCGACAUGGAACAAACUGUUGUUAAACAACCAGCUCCAAACAUGCAUGAAAACGACUUUGAGGAAGUUGCUGUUGGGCCAACACUCAAGAGAAAGAAAUAUAUAUCAAGAAAGGCAAGGCGUGAUAAGAAAAAACAGCUUGUCAAAAAAUGACCAAUCAAACCAAUUGUCAGUUUUGAAUAUAUGUCGCACGAAAAAUCUGGUUACAUUUCAUAAAUGAAUAAAUAGAAAAUAGUCCAACUUGUAUAUAGAAAUUAGAAUUGACAAAUGAUAGAUAUUAGAAUGUGUUUGAAUGUGUUUGAAUAUGGUCUUCUUGAUGAAAGUUUUAUGUCUCAUCGCUAUACAUAUGGUCCACGUCCGUAAUUUAGUUAUUACAUAAUGUACUAUACUUUGUGACCUAAAUCUAUAAUUUUAAAAAAAUUAUCCUUGAUGAAAUAUAUUUGUAAAUAUCAUGUUUGAGUAAAUAGUUUAUUAUUUCCGACAUUUAAAGUGGCAUUAUGUUCAUAUUUGAGCUGAAUUGACUUUACAAUUCAAAAGAUAAUAAUGGUGACUGACAAACAGUUGAUAAGGAUAAAAUAUAAAUAUGCCCUAAAUAUAAAAAAGACUGUCCCACUCUUUUUACAAAUUGAACAUUACAGGUAAAUUCCAAUGGCUUUUUACAGAAAUUUCCUUGGCCCACAUGAGUUAUUUAUUGUUCAUUCAAAAUAAAUUAUAAAACUGAAAGGGACUGUGGAAAAAUGUAAACUUAUUUUGAAAUUCACCUUAUUACUCACAUAAUAUCCUUUGAUGGGCAUAAUGUAACUUUAAGAAACUGAACAAAACAAUUAUAACAAAUUUGCUAUUUUACUGAAGGCUUUGUGUGUCAAUACUGAAUUUUUAAGUUCAAAUAAUCAUAACAAUAUAACAGAGACUGAAGCAUGGACAGUAAGAUAGAUAUUAAUAUAUUGGUUUUGCACAUGGUCAUGAAUUUUAAAGAAAAUGUCAAGAUCUCAAAAGAUAAGUUUAGCUUUUGAUUUCGCAAAUCAAGUUUACUAAAAGUUUAAUUAAUUUACUGAACGAUAAUUUAAUCGGAAUUUGGGGAAAUUAUUUUAUUUAUAAGACAAAUGCUAACUUAAAAAGCAAGGAUUACAUCCCUAUUUUACUUUACAAGAACAAAUACAAUCAAGUUUGUUCGUCGACGUAGGAUUGGUUUUGGCAAAUGCAUACUUGCCACGCAUUUAAGUCUGAGCAUGAACGAACGGACUAGAUCCAUGAUAUCUCGAAAAGGCCACACGGUCCUCAUUUGAUCUUAAUCCUUUUUAUUUGCAUUAAACAUCGAACGCGAAUGCCUCUAUGAGUAAUGUGACCGGAUAACCUUUCUUCGUAAGCUUUUAAGCUAUAUGUGAUAAUACGUAUAUAUUUUCAACAUUGAUGGUCAGUGUAAAUGUUGGAUAUACAGUAAAAUCUUCCCACUGCUCUGAUAAUUGUAGCCAAGUUGUUUUCAUACAUGCAAAAAAGUGUUAUUUUGAUGUUGAAAAUUUGAUACUACAUUUGCUCUUUUAACGAACCAAUCCGUGUACGUAUGUGGAAGGUACUUAUAUCAAAUUGUGGUAUAACUGCAUAUAAGAGACUUAUUUCAAGCUCUCCAUUAAAUCAGUUAAUAGACUUUCUCGCCGUAUUCUGAUCAUAAUAAUUUCUUAUUUCUUAUUACAACAAUUAAUAAAAUGAUAACGUAAACAUAUGUUAAAGGGUCUUACGCCUGAUUUCUUCAUGAUGUAUAUGUCCCCUCUUGCUUGUAAACUUAUAAUAUUGUAUAAUUUUUUAUGUUUAUUCAUUCCAUAGCAUUGUCUGUUUUGUGCAUGUGAAUUGAUGUUCUUUUAUAAAUUUUGUGUAUUAUGCAUGUUGCUCUCCGCUGAUGGAGGUAAUAAAGAAUAUAUCUAUCUGUACCGAGAUUUGAGGU